AUGCUCAAUAGAACAUCUGAGGAAUAUUUUGAUUUAGUUAUUCUGAUAUCAUCUCUAUCAAUAUCUUAUUGUCAUACUAAUAUAUCAAUAAUUCGAUCACCGAAUUGGUCUUAUUUUAUUUGUCCUGUAAUGCCAAUAGAAUGGAUGAUUGAAGAAGAAUCUCCUAUUGGUACAAAAAUAGGUAAUAUUAAAGAAAUAUUAUUCAUGAUAAAUAAUAAUUCUCAAUUAAUUGAAAAAAUUCAAAUGAAAUUAAAUAAUAAUAUUGAUACACAAACAUUUCAUUUAAAUUCUUCAACAGGUAUAUUAAUAUCUAAAUUUCGUCUUGAUUAUGAACAAAAACAUAUUUAUUCAUUUUCAAUUAUACUUGAACCUAAUGAAAUUCAUUGUUUAUUGACAAUAUUAAUUAAAUUAAUAAAUAUUAAUGAUAAUUUAAUAGAAUUUGAUAAAAAAUCAUUAAUAUAUAAUAUUAAUGAAAAUAAUCUUAUACCAUUAUAUAUUGGUCGUAUAAAAAUAAUUGAUCAUGAUCAAUUAUUUUCAUUUAAAUAUAAAUAUUAUCUUAAAAAUAUUUCAUCACAAAUUUCAAUUGAUUUAACAACUGGUUCAAUUAUUUUAUUUGAUAAAUUUGAUCGAGAAAUUCAUGGUGAAAAAUUACAAUAUGAAAUUAUUUUAUUAGAUUAUAUUAAUCAAAAAAAUUUAACAAAUAAUUUAAUAAUUAAUAUUAAUGAUUUAAAUGAUCAUGGACCAAUAUUUGAAAAAGAUUUUUAUCAUAUAAAUAUAAAUAAAUCUAGUCAACCUGGAAAAUUUAUAUUUCAAAUAAAUGCAACAAGUUAUGAUCCAAUAAUGAAUGGAAAUAUAAGUUAUUAUUUAAGAAAUUCUUCAUCUAUUUUUUCAAUUAAUAAAUAUACAGGAAAUAUUUAUUUAAAUGAAUAUAUUUCAACAAUAAUAGAAAAUUUUACAUUAAUUAUUGAAGCUAUUGAAGAUGGUAUUAAUUUAACUGAUCGAACAAAUAUUUUUAUAUCGAUUAUAAAUGAUGACUAUAUUUAUUUUCAAUUAGAUAAACAAAAUCAAUGUUUUCUUGAUGAAAAUGAACCAAGUGGUACAAUAAUUUGUACAAUAGGAAAAAAUUCAAUUGAUUUUAUUUAUUAUUUAUAUGAUCCAAUGAAUUUAUUUGAUAUUUUAUCAAAUAAUGCAACAAUUAUUAAUCGAAAAAUAUUUGAUUAUGAAAUAGAUAAACAUGAAUAUAACGUGACAAUUAUUGUACAAGAUCGAAAGAAUCAGUCUAUUUUAUUAUCUUCUAUAAAUGUUACUAUAUAUAUUCGUAAUUUAAAUGAUAAUCCUCCAGAAUUUUUAACAAAAAAUUUUACAAAACUUUUAUAUUUUUAUUAUCCAUUGAUAAAUACAAUACUUUAUAAAAUUGAAUUUAUUGAUAAAGAUCAAUCAAAUUUAACUUAUGAAAUUAUUAAUGAUAUUUUUACAAGUUAUACACUUCAUACAUAUAAAAAUAUUAUUGAACUUAUUCUUAUUAAAUCUAUUAUUCAUAAUCAUGAAGAUAAUUUAAUUAUUCGUAUAUGGGAUGAUAAAAAAAUUUUUUCAGAUUUAAAUCUUAAUAUAAAUUAUUUUCAAUAUAAUAUUGAAUAUCCAAAAAUUUUAUUACAAAAAAUUGAUGGUUAUAUAAAUUUUGAAGAAAAUUUUUUUACAAUUAAUCUUGGUCAAUUAUUUAUUGAAAAUCAUUCAAAAUAUCAAUUUAUUUAUUUUAAUUUAAUAUCAAAUAAAAAUUUUUUUCUAAAACAAUUAACAAAUAAUCAAACUGAACUUUAUUAUAAAUCUUUUCAUCAAAUAUCUUCUAUUGAAUAUCAAAUUUAUUUAAUUUCUAUAGCUAUAAAAGAAUUUAUACCUGAAAUUAUUUUUCAUAAUAAUAAUAAUCAUACAAAAAUUUUUUUUCCAUCAAUAGAAAAAUUACAAACAAUUAAUAUUCAUUUUUUACCUAUCUAUCGUGAAAUGUUAAAUCAAACAAUAUCAUUAAUAAUAAAUAUAAAUUCUAAUAUAACAUAUGAACAAUUUAUUAAUGAUAAUUUACCAAUAAUACGACAAAAUUUAGCUCAAAUUAUUAAUGUACAUAUAAAUCAUGUUCAUAUUUAUACAUAUGAAUUAAAACAAAAACAAAUUGAAUUAUUAAUUGCUAUAUUAGAUUCAACAAUGAAUAAUUAUAUAAAUAAAGAAAUUCUUUAUAAUAAAUUAAAAAAUUCAAAAAAUCUUUUUGAUAAAAUUCUUUUUAAUCAAUGUCAAUUAAAUUCAUGUGAAAAUAAUGGUUAUUGUACUAGUUAUAUUAGUUUAUUAUAUAAUCAAUAUGAAUAUAUUUAUUAUAAUACAUAUCAACGUUUAAUACCAAAAUAUCAAUGGAAUAUAAAAUGUUUAUGUAAAAAUAAUUAUUAUGGAGAACGUUGUCAAUUUAAAUAUACUAAAAAAUCACCAUGUUCAUCAAAUCCUUGUUUAUCAAUAGAAAAAUGUAUUGAAGAAAAUUCAACAACAUAUUCAUGUCAAUGUAUAGAUGAAUUAUGUAAUUAUAAUAAUAUUCUUAAGAAUAAUUCAUUUCAAUGUAUUAAUAUCAAUUCACCAAUAUGUCGAAAUUCAUCAAAUACAUUAACUUUUAAUGGUAAUAGUUUAAUUCAAAUGAAUUUAACUAUGAAUAUAACACAACAAAUGAAAAUAACAUUAAGUUUUCGUACAUAUUCAAAUAAAAGUCAAUUAUUUAAAUUAAUUUAUUUGAAUGAAAAAACUAAAAUAUUUCAUUCAAUAAUUUUAAAAAUUAUUAAUGGUUAUAUUAAUAUUGAAUUUGAUGAAAAAAUUCUCUUAGAAUUAAAUCAAACAUUAAUUAAUGAUGGUUUAUGGCAUGAUAUUUAUUUUUCAAUAGAUUAUAUUCAUAAAUAUUAUCUUAUUCGACUUGAUCAUAUAUUUAGUACUAAAAUAAUAUUAUUACAACAAAUUUAUUCAAAUAAUCUUAAACAAUUAAUAAUUGGUAUUGAUUUUAAAGGUUGUUUAGGUAAUUUAACAUUAAAUAAUCAAAUAAUAUUUUUUCAACAACAAACAAAUAAUAAUAAUAAUUUAAUUGAAUUUAUUAAUAUAAAUAAUAAUUGUCUAUCAUUUGAAAUUAUUCAAGAACAUUUUCAUACGAAUGAUUUUUGUUCAUUAUAUCAUCCAUGUUAUCAUGGUGGAAUAUGUAUGAAUUAUGGAUUAAAUUUUAAAUGUAAUUGUUCAAAACCACGUUUUACUGGUCGUCAAUGUCAAUUAGAUUUAUAUCCUUGUGAAAGUUAUCCAUGUCAAUAUGAUGAAAAAUGUAUACCAUUAUUAUCAAAUUCAAAUAAAUCAUUUAAAUGUGUUGCUAUAUCAGUUAUUUCUUUAUCAAUAUCAAUAAAAAGAUAUGUACUUAUUGGAUUAAUUAUUACAUUGAUUAUAUGUAUUUUAUUAAUAUUAAUUAUUUAUUAUUAUAAAAAACGAAAAGAAAAUUUUAUUAAUGAUAAACCAUUAGUUUCAGCACCAUUACUUAUACAUAAACAAUCAUCAAUAACAAAUCAUAUUGAAAGUUCAAGACAAAGAUUACUUAAAUUAAAUUAUAAUGAAACACAAACUAAUGAAACUAUAACAUUUGGAGAGAAUAAUCAUAGAAAUCCGAUAAUAAAUUAUUUAAAUAAUAGAAAUGAUUCAAAAUAUUAUUUAACUAAAACGACUAUUCCAUCAGAUGAUUUUAUUGUUCAUGAUAAUUCACCUAAUUAUGAUAACACAUAUAUUUCACCAAAAACAGAAUUAUUUGAUUUUUCAUUAUCACCAACACAAUAUUUUAAUAUUCAUAAAUCAGAUAAUGAAAUAAAUUAUCAAAUUCGUUUGAAUUCUUUAUCUGAUUUAACAGAAAAUGAACUUAAUUUAACUGAAUCAUCAAAUACAUCAUCUAAUAAUGAUCAAAUUCUAUUAACAUUUUCAAUAACAAAUCAAAAUCAUAAAUAUUUACGUACUGUUAAUCAUAACAAUAUAUCUAGAUCAGUAACAUCAUUACCAAAACUACCUAUCUAUGCAAGAAUUGUUAAAACACCUAAAAUGAUAAAUAUGUCUGUCAAUAAUAUUGAUUGUAAUCGAUUAAGUAGUUCAUUGACUUCAACUGCAACAUCUCUUCUACAAUCAACCGAAAACGAUAAUAUUGGAACAAAUAAAUCGAAAAUGAAAACAAAAACUAUAAAUCGUUUAAGACAAACAAGUGACUCAGAUAUUGAAAAUCAUAGAAAAAAAUCGAAUACAUUAGCUUCUUUCUUUCAAACUGAUGUAUAA